UCAUCGCGUCAAUUACGUAAUACACUUGGGCGCCUCUACCAACGCCUUUUCCGACCGGGCAUCCUUCGACACGCUCGACAUUCGUACUUCACCACUUAUUUCGAGACCAUCAUGGCAUCACAUCUGGCUAACAUCUUCGGCACGGAACAAGACCGCGUUAACUGUUCGUUUUACUACAAGAUUGGAGCAUGCAGACACGGCGACCGCUGUUCCAGGAAGCAUAUCAAGCCGUCGUUCUCCCAGACUAUCCUGCUCCCGAAUGUGUACCAUAACCCCGCCCACGACCCCGUCUGCCAGCUCACCGAGCAGCAGCUGCAAGAGGGCUUCGAUGCCGUGUACGAAGACCUGUACUGCGAACUGUCAAAAUUUGGACAUCUGUUGGAGCUCCAUGUAUGUGACAAUGUCGGGGAUCACCUCAUUGGGAACGUUUACGCACGAUAUGAAUGGGAGACGGAGGCGCAAGCUGCCGUGGACAACCUGAACAAUCGCUGGUACGCAGGGCGUCCACUUUAUGCCGAAUUGUCACCCGUUACCGACUUUCGCGAAGCAUGCUGCCGUCAGAAUGAGAACGGGGAAUGCAACCGUGGUGGAUUCUGCAACUUUAUGCAUCUCAGGCUAGCGUCGAAGGAGCUCGUGAAGUCACUGAAACACGGGCAGCGCUUGGAGCGGCGUCUCAAUCCUGCCACGGCCGGUCAAGCUACAGAAGGAUGGGUCCCGAGCAAAAGACGGAGCGCGAGCCCUCCUUCUCGACGAGGCGGAAAAGACGGGGAGGACCGGUGGACCAGAAAGACGGAAGGCGAGGAUAGGUGGACCAGGAAGGCGGUUUAGGGUGACAGUCUUGGAGCUUGCUUUACGGUACAUCGCGGCUACGCUGAUCCCUUUGUAUGCCUAUCGUCAGCCGAAGAUUUUAUCUGACAACUGUCCUGCACGUCUCAGACGUUGACCAGAAGUGAAUCCGCAUGCCGCAGGCAUCUCAACAGCCAUCGACUGAAGGGAUGGAGAAUGCCGCGCAUCGAAGUAAGAGGCG